UGUGAAUCCUGGCUUGGUUGUGAAACUGCGGGAUAAAAGCAUUAUUGGAGUUUUUCUCCGCUGAAUUAGUUUGCAGAUUAAUGGUGCCAAAUCCAUUGCUUGUACUCUGGCCCAUAUGAGAGAUCAAUAAUGCUGUAGUAGAGAGAGAGAAGUUAAUUAGGACAAUGGACGAAUUCAAAGAAAUAUUUACUCAAGCCAAAGUUUCUGAAGACAUGCAAAAGUUACAUAAAGAAAGAGCCAUCCCUUAUCAAAUUAAUCAAGAAAAGACAUCGUGAAUGCAGUGCAAAAUACUUACGGUCCUCAGAAUUUUAUAACAGUCUACAAAUUACUCGUGCACAGAUCGAAAGUAAUCCCAAAGAAAUCUAUCUCUAUUUAAGAGAUUUUCUAAAAGAACUCAAAAAUAAUAAAAUAGAUGAGAAUGAGAUGAAAAGAAAAAGAGAUAAUGCAUCCCCAGCUGAAGAUCAUCAUGAAAGUAAGAGAUUCAAGCAAGAUGAAGAAGGGAAAGAAGAAGGUUUUUCUUCCACCUCUGCUGUUGAAUCGGGAAAUGUCUGUGAAAUUUCAGAAAGAAGUGCUAAGCCUGGAACCUCUUUGGCAACCAAAUUGAAGGAUAAAUUUGAUAAAUGUGAGGAAGGUCAAGGUGACACAGCUAAUGAGGGAGGAGAAAUGUGUGAGUCUGACCCUGAAAUUCAAAUAGAGUCCCUGGAAAGUUCCAGUGAAGAAGAAGGUCCAAAAAUUGUGAGAGUGUCGAAAGUUACGAAAGAAGCUGUUGAAGAAAAACAUCUCAAAAAGGCGCCUAAUGAAGAAGAAGAUGUUGAGGAUGAGAUUUCUAACAAGGGGAGGUUAUCACAAGAUGAGGAAAAUGCUGAGGAUAAAAUUCACAACAAACACUCUGUGUUACUAGAACAGGUGGAAGAUUUUGAGGUGGUGCUAAAUGAGGAUUAUUCAAAUGGCAGUACAGGAAGCUCAUUGGUCAAUUACAAUAUCUCAGGAACCAAUAAAGACUCUGCUUGUGAUUCCACUGUUUUGGAUGAAUCUGACAUCAUAUUAGGCAAUGUAGAAAAAGUAGAUGUGGAAAAUAGUGAUCACACUUUGGCAAAUAAAAGACACUUUAACCUAGAAAAAGUUUCAGAGGAAAGCUCAAAUCGAGGAGAUGAGAAGGUGUCUAAAAAGUCAAAUGAGUCAUCUGCUAUUGAUAAAGAAGAAGAUGACAAGUCUGAAUCAGCAAUGGAUAAAUAUCCUGAUUCCACUACCACAGAACCAACAGAAAAAAUUCAAAGUAAAGUUCCAAUAACACCAAGUAAAUAUAAAGAUGUUUUCCAAAAGCUGAAAACUACUGCCAACAAGGUGAAAAGUCUUCCAGUGUCACCAAAGCAUGCAGUUUACUCACCUGACAGUAGCUCAAAGGUGGAAAGUGGUAGCAAUGUGGAAUCUCACAAUAUAGAAGCAAUGGAUAUUGAAGAGGAUAUACAUCCAUUGCAAGGGAAAGACAUAAAGAAGGAUGAAAAAGAUGAUUGUAUUGCAAGUAAAACUGAAAAUCAAGCAAAACUGACAGGUUUACAUAAACUUGAAAAGUCAAAAUGUUCUUUAUCACUGAAGUGCAAAAAGAAAGAUCAGCAGACAAAGGAUACUUUACAUAAUAAAGAUUCUUGUGACAGUGAAGAGACAAAUCAAGAGAAAUAUAUUGUAAUUAGCAGUAGUCAGGAUACUGAUGAAGAUGUUAGUGAAAAACCACAGUGUGCAAGAAAGCUCACAGAUGAUUUCUUUGAAAAUUGUUCAGAGAGUCCGUUGAAAAUUAUACAUGUAGCCUCUGGAACUGCCAUAGAAGCCAUGGAUUCUGGUGAGGAGCAAGAAAAAGAAAUGGAAGUUGAUUCUGUAAGCAGAGGUGAAGAACAAAAGAAUGUCACACAGGAUGAAAGCAAAACCAGUGAUGUCAUACAGGAGGAGAGCAAAACCAAUGAUGUCACACAGGAGGAGAGCAAAACCAAUGAUGUCACACAGGAGGAAAGCGAAAUCAGUGAUGUCACACAUGAAGACAACAAAACCAUUUCUCAGAAGAAAUUAGAGAAAUCAAAUUCCAGGGAGGAAACUAAGGAAGAAGGAACAAAACCAGAUAUAAAAUGUACUGAUGAUGAACCAUCAACUAGUGCAGAAGGAGGAGCUAAAAGGGAGAAGAAGGGUUCAAAGAGGCAGAUUGAAAGACUAGAAAAACUGCUGAAGGACAUUCGAGACAAGAUUGAGGCAUUGAAAGAAACAGAAGUGGACUUGGAUGAUGAAGAUUCAGCCUACAUCAUGGAGGAAAAAUACCAGAAAAAGUUUGUCAAGGUGUGGAACAAACUUUGUGAGAUCAAAGAGAGCAGCACCGACACAGGUCGACCAGUGGAGAGGAAAUUCAGAUAUGAAGGCACUCGUUAUCCAGAGAUCAACAAGAAAAUUGAAAAAUUUGUGAACAAGACUAAAUGUUUUCCAGACUAUCAUGAUGUCAAAGAGAUAAUCAUCAGUGUCAAUAAAAGCAAGUCACUCCGCAUAAAGACAUCAGCCAUUGACCGACUUGCCAGGGAGGCCUUUGCUGAUGUGGGAGAUCAACUCCAGAAGAGAAGAGAGCAAGAUUUCCAAUAUACAUUUCUUGGUCACCUCCCUCCAGAAAAGAAAGUAGUCAGAAAUGAAGAUGACCCAGCCUAUGAUGAUAAAGCUCUACAACUAAAGCUGGAGGAAAACAAGAAGAUUUCCAAGAGUCGCCUGAAUGAGGUGCUAGAGAAAUACGUCCAGAAACAGGAGAGGAGAGACGAGGGGGAGGAUGAUGAGGACGACACGCAAGAGGAGGAGGAAGAUACCCAGGGGGAUGAGGAAGAGGAGGACAAUGAAGAUGUAGACGUCCCAGAAAUGGACCAAAUCAUAAAUGGUGAAUCUCAAGAUGGAACCCUGGACAGUAGCAUUAUCAGUGAGGAAAGCAGAGAAUUAAGUCUACCUUCAAUACGUUCUGAAAUGAAGAAGGAGAAACCAGAGACAGGCAAACAGGAGCGAUACUCGGAAGCUAACGUUAAAGAGGUUUGGGAACCAGUGACUGUAAAAGAUGAAGUGAAAAAGGAGAAAAUAGAUACAAUGAAUGCUUUUCCUGUUGUCCUUAAGCCAGUGGAUGAUGAUAUUGUUUGUAUUGAUGAUGAUGAUGACGAUGUGAUGGUGGCACAAGAAGAUUUAUUAGACUUCUCUCAUAAGCGAACAAAGCAGAAUACCAAACAUGAGGCUAAACCAGAUGAAAUUAAAGAGAAAAAAUCAGGAGAAGUACCCAACAUCAUACAAUCUCUUCACAAAGAAAUAAUGAAUCAGUUUUAUUCUAUAAAGUCCAGCAUAAACAAGGGCGAAACUCUCUCUUCAUCGACAGUUAAACCAGAAGUGUACACAGGGAAGAAUUUUGUGGAGAGAAAAUUUCCUAGUUAUCAGGUGAAGAACAAUUCAGGUGUUUCAUAUACAGCAUCAUCUAAAGUUUUGUCAAAAACCAAUCAAAACAGAGCCUCACUUUCACGGACCAAUGAUUCAAGAGCCUCAUGUUCAGGAAGUAGUGACAAAAGAAAGGGAGGUGAAAUUAAUGAUUUAAAAUUUGUUCAUAGCAAGAAAUUACACUCCCUUUUAGUGAGCAAUACUGAGAAAAAUCAAAGGGAAUUGCAGGAUAAGGAGAUCAAGUUUAUACCACUGAAUAAAAUGGGGGAAAAAUUGUUAGGCGAAUCAGUUAACCCAGAAAGGGGGAAUCAAAGGCUUGACGUACCACACACAAGUGAGGAGAAAACCAAAUCAGACCCUGAAGAAGUUGUCAUAUACCCUAGUGCUGGACAAAAAAUUGUCAAUGUAGGUGGAAGGCAUCCCCAAAUGUUUAAAAAAGGUCACUCUAAACCUUGUAAAAAUGUCAAAUCUCGAAAAAGUGCUCCAUGGAACCAUAUGGAGGGGACAACACCUGUACUUCUGGAUAUAAGUGAUGAGAGUUCAGCUGAGGAUGAACCAGUGUUCAGUUCACAUACAGAACCAGUUCAAACCUCAUCUAGUUCAGCACAAGGGAUUUCUGCAUCACUAGGUAGAGUUUUGCAAUGGACAAAUAGCUCUGAAAAAGGGAAUAAGUUAGGACAAAGUAGUAGAUUAUCUCAUGUAGGAGGAGAAAGAAAACAUGUUCCCUCAAAUGCAGUAGUGAAAGUUCUUAAACAGGAGGAAGACGAUGAUAUUAUAAUUUUAGAUUAGUGUGUUCAGAUAGAGAUUUCCUUAACUCAGACAUAUAUUGACAGACAAUUAUCAGAGAUCUCGGUGCAAAAAAAAAAUGAAACUACCAGUACUUAGUAAACAGCUGAAAUAAGAACUGAUCUAAUGUAUUUGAUUAUGAGAUCUUAGAUUCCUUAUGACAAAUAUAUAUAUUUUUUUUCUAUUUAUUUUAAGCAGAUAUGUUGAUAUGCUUGAUAAUACAUUUUGAUACAUUGAACAUAAACAGAAAACAAUUAUGAUUGCUUUUACAUUGCUUACUUAUUAUUGUAUUUGUUAUUUACAUGUACAGUGUAUAUUUAUUUCUUAAUUGUUCAAGGUGCUUAAAGCAAAAUGAAAAUUUUAUUAAUGUUUUUAAAUGUCUCUAGAAAAUGUAGUUUUGUACUCAUAUUUUGUAAAUUUGAAUUUAAGUUUCACACUCAAAACUUUGAGUGAUGAAUCAAGAUGUACAAAAAAUUAAUUAAGCCACUAAACAAGGUUAUUUGCAAAUGCAUUGUUUACCAUAAGCGUAAUUUCAUAAAUUUAUGAGUGAAUAUGUGUAAAUUAAGAUUUUAUGUUCAGUUCGUUUUUAAUUCUAACAAAAUUUCCAAGACAAAAAGGUUUAUUCUGAUUUCUUAGCCAUAGAAUGUCUAAUUUCUGAAAGACUGCCUUGAAUAUGUCUAAGAUCACAAACGGUUUUCUCAUGCUUUUCUGAUUUACUGUUACCAUGAUUAGGGGUGUGAUCUCCACUACUAGUUCUAAGUUUUUUUUUCCACUGCCUUCUCAGAUACAAUAGAUUUUCUGACAAUCAUAGGUACCACUUCUAAAUCUAACUAAACUAAUUAUUUUGGCUUUUAUGUGUUCUCUGUCUUGUGUUUUUUGCUAGCUCCAGUUUUAUCAGCCAUUGUGAGUGAAUUGUGCUUGAAUAUGAUUUCACAACAAAGAUAGUCUUAAUUUUAAAGAGUCUUCAAAAAUCCAAAACUUAUGUCGCACUCUUGGAUUGAGCUAUAAAUUCCUUCACACAACAUUGUACACACUUAAAAUCACAAAGAAACAGUUUUGAUGAUAGAAGAUGGAGCCUAAUAUUUUUGGUCACUCCCAGACUAUCAUCUGACAAGAACUCUCCUCAUUAUUAAAAAUUAACUAAGUACAUGUACUUGUAUAUAGAAAUACCUCAUUGAUUUUAUGAUAUCCUUUUAAAUACUUUGCAAUCAUGUAUCAGGGUAUCAUUUUAAUAUUGUGUGAAUACUUAUAUGUCUUUUUUUUUGCAAUGUGCAUUUUCAAAUGAUCUGUGCUUGUCAUUGCAUUUUAUUAUGAGUCCUAUUGAAAAAUUUUAAAACAACUAAAGUUGGAAUCAUGUACUGAAAAAUUGCAUUUAUAUAUAAGAGUCGCAAAUCAGUGUUUUAAAUGGUACUUUACAUCAUCAGAUUAUGAAUGGAUCCUAUUUCUUACAGUCAAAUGCACUAAAUUAUAGCUCAUUGUAUUUUUUUUAAUGAAUUUUAAUUACAGGGAAUAUUCUCAGGAAAAGCAUUUUUUUUAAUCUGAACAUUUCAACUUCAUAACAAGAUCAUAACAAAGUGUGUCUAGUCUAUUUUUAUGCCCCCCCCCACCCCCUUUGAAGAAGGGAGGGUGUUUUGCUUUGCUGCUGUUUGUUGAUGGGUCGGUCUGUUGGUCCACCAACAGUUUUCAUUCAUUUUCUUUGCAGAGGUGGCUUGUGCUGAAUAUGAAAUUUGGUAAAGAGAUUUAUCAUAAGAAUAUCUAGGUCAAGUUCUGUUUUGGUUGUGAUCGAGCAAUCUCUGACAGAGUUAUGCCCCUUGGACUUAAAAAAAUGGCAAUUAUUGGGGUGAGGGCAUCAGUGUUUUACAAACAUAUUUUGUUAUAUAUCAUUUGACUUCAAAUUUUACUGACAGGAAAGAUUGGAGGCUCAAAGUCAUAUUCAUGUUAGUCAGUCAGCUGUAUUGUCAGUGAAGCAUUUACUGAGGGUUUUCUUGCUUAAAACAUGUAUGUUAACUAAAAAUUUCAAUAAAUGUG